CUUAACUUUAAGAAACGUCGUUAAGUGUCGCUUCUCUAUUUAUCUUCUUAUCUGGUGACUUUGUUUAUUAUUUGACAGUAUAGUGGCCUCUACUGGCGAAAAUCCAAAACUGACCAAUAUCUCAUUGUCUCGUAAACAGUUAAUGGCAUUUGAAAUUCGUUAGUAUAGAUUAUCUAAACUUUAAUUAACAGUAUAGAUUAUCUACUGUUGAUCAUACGAGGCAAGAUGGAAACAAAAGUAAAAUCACAAAAGAGAAAAGGUUAUAUAAAAGAAAAUUUGGAAUGAUGCGACUAUUACUUAUCAUCAAUCAUGAUUUGGUUGAAAGUGAUUUAUGCACUUUCACUUAUAUGGACAUGCAAAGCUUUGCCAUUACUUCUAUUUGCAAAUCGCAAGGAUAUUCGUCUAGUAGAUAUUGAAGCUCGAAGACCAAAUUCUUCAAGUGUGUUGAUCAGUCAUCUUGAAGAUGCAGCUGCAUUGGAUUUUUAUUAUGCUGAAGGUCUUAUCUUCUGGACUGAUUUUGGGCUUGAGAUGAUCAAGGGAAUGUCAAUUAAUAAUUCUAAAUCAGAACGAGAUAUAAUUACAACAGGACUGUUAUCUCCAGAUGGACUUGCUUGUGAUUGGUUAGGCAAGAAAUUAUAUUGGACAGAUUCAGAUACGAAUCGUAUUGAAGUAAGCAACUUAGAUGGAAGUUAUAGAAAAGUAUUAUUUUGGAAAGAUUUAGAUCAACCAAGAGCCAUUGCUUUGGUCCCAAUGGAUGGGUUAAUGUUUUGGACUGAUUGGGGAGAAAUGCCAAAAAUUGAACGAGCUAGUAUGAAUGGAAAUCAUUCGACACGAAAAAUAAUAGUCAAAGAAAAUAUAUUUUGGCCAAAUGGACUUACUAUUGACUAUGAAACAAAAAGAAUAUAUUGGGCUGAUGCUAAGUUGAAGUUUAUAUCUGGUAUGGAUUUUGAUGGACGUAGUCGGAAAGUUAUUGUAAAUCGUGAUCUCCCUCAUCCGUUUUCUUUGACAUUAUAUGAUGAUCGAUUAUAUUGGACAGAUUGGCAAACAAGAACUGUACAAUCUUGUAAUAAAUAUGAUGGACAUCAGAAAAAAAAUGUAAUUGGUGGUUCAUUGUCUCCAAUGGGAAUUCAUGUAUAUCUGAGUGAACGACAACCAAAUGGUAAUUCAAUUUUUUUUUUUNUGGGAUCCAGAUCCCAACAUCACCCUUAG